UCCAUUAUCCACCCUUUAUGCAUUUAUAUCCUUGCGGGGUACGACGGUAUAAUGUCAAGGCUCGAUUGGUUCGUAACUACGAUGUAUUCAAUUACAAUCACCGCGGAACAACUAAGCAGAUAUGGAAAAUGCUUUUCGUUGAUGUCGAGGGUGAGUGCGUACAAUGCACUAUAUUUUCUCCCCAUGUUGAAAACUUCUUAGGAAUGUUUCACGAGGGAUUUAUUUAUGUACUACGUGGGGUACAAGUAGUACACGCCGAUGCGAAUAAUAAAAUCGUCCCAAACUGGAAACAAAUGACAAUAACAUCAACAACAGUUGUGAUACGCGAAGAGCAUGAUGACCUUGCAAUUCCCACAUUCUUCUACAACUUAGUUGCUUUUAACCGAUUCCAUGUUCAUGCCAAUCGUACUGAUAUGGUGUUCGAUGCAACGGGAUUAGUUCUAUAUGUUUCACCAAUUGAGUCAGUUGGACAAAACUCGGUUAAAAGAGAUUUGGCCAUAAUGGAUAAAACUUUGACGAUUAUAAAGUUCACCAUUUGGAAUGAAUUUGUGCACAUACUUGAUGAUGGACAUCUUAACACCGAAGCUGAUUUUUGUCCAAUUCUAUUUGCAUGUGGUCUACAUGUAAAGAGCUUUCGUGGCCGGACAUAUCUUACAACAGGAUUUUACUCCAGGAUUUAUGUUAACAAAGUAGAUGACUUAACUACUUCAUUAUCUACAUGGUAUGAAUCUGAUAAAUUAGCGAAGAAAAGGGUUGCCUGUUUUCGCUCAACUCCUUUCUCCUUACAAUCAUCCAUUGAUAUUUCAAAUGCUCAUCGGGUUCGAUUAGCUAGCUUCCAUGCUAUGAGAAAAGUACAAUAUUGUCGAGUUAUUGCCAAUACGUGUCACCUUGAGCAUGUUGACAAUAUCAUAUAUGAAGCAUGUCAUCGUUGUCUCAAAAAAGUUAACUCUUUCCAUGGAGUUCCCACAUGUGAGUCUUGCAAUAUUACAGAUGUUGUAACCAUUCCAAGAUUGUUAGUUCGAAUAGAGAUAUGUGAUAGAAGUGGUACUUUAAAAAUCACAAUGCUUCAUGAUCUUGCACAACUCAUUUUGGGAUGCCCGGCUACGGACAUAAAAUUAAUACUUCAACAGCCAAAUGGACGCAAACGAGUCAUGGAAAUAUUGGUCUCAAAACUUGGAUACAAAACCUUCUGUUGGAUCAUACCUCCACCAAUACAAGACUUCAAUCCGGAACAUUCUUAUACAGUUAGCUAUGUGCUGCAGGUCGAUUGGGCUGAGGAAUGCAUGUGGUUAACCAAGUUUUAUGAAGGCAAAUUUCAUAAUUGAAACACUAGAUAUUUCAUUUACUAUCUUUCUUAUUAUAUUGUUACAUUACAGAGAUUUUUUUUGUAGGUGAAUUUUGUAAAUAAUUUUUCCUUAAGAUAAUACUAGAUGUAAUUAUGCAACUAAUAUACAUCCGAUUAUGAUUUCACAUGCAU